AACGCUAUCGAAUUUCGUUAUGUGUUUAUUUCUGGAACGAUGAGUUAGUAGUUUGAAAACACGAACCAAGCGGGCAUUUUCCUUGUUCAGAGACACCAAAAGCAUGACUCAAACUGUUAAUUUACUUACAGUCCUUUGUACUGUGUGUUAUUUCAUCGUCAAAGGUCGGACUCAUGUCGUUUAUUCUACUUUGACUCGAGAUGUCAAAGACUACUUCCCAGAUGUUUGCGGAAAUUGCCUCAAAUAUGGGGCGCAAAAAACCCAAAGGUUUUGCCAAUGUGAACCACUGAGGUCAGUUUUUCUACAAAAUGAAGGGCGAUGCAAGUCUAGGAAUACGUUUGUACAUCCUAACUUGACUAUGUUCAAAGGCUAUAUAAUGAAGCUGAGAUUGAAUUGUACUAGACGUUUCAGUAAUGCAACAGAAGACUUCUGUUUGCUUUUUAAAGUGAAAGGAGAAGUCCAAGUUCCAUUUGCUUGCUUAAGUCCUUCACCAUCAACGACCAAAAGAAGCGUGCCAACAACCAAGUCUUCAACCACUACAGGAGCACCAAGCACUGCCACAUGUAAACCAACCAUCACCACCACCACUACACCUGUUCAGCCUGAUCCACCUGAUCCAGCAAUUCUUGCAGCUAUUGUGGUUAUUGGAACAAUUCUGUGCCUGCUUCUUAUUGGAGUCUUUGGGUAUUUCCUGCACCAAUACACAAUUUUGUGUCCAUGCAAGAGAAGGUAAAACUAUUCAAUCACAAAGUAUUUACCGUAUUUUUCAAUGUAUAAUGCACACCCGUGUAUAAUGUGCACCCUUGUUUUUAAUCUAAUUUAUCAGAAAAAAAAGUUUUCCAAGGCAAAAAACAGAAAAUAUCUAAAUGUUUUUUUCCCAGGGAUUUUCAAGAACAUGUUUGAGAGAUUGGGAGGGGUUUUUUG